AUGGGCUCUCUUGCAAACACCGACGUCACGCUACCCGACGCUGUGGUGCCCAAACGGGAGUCGAGUGUUGAACGAUAUUCUUCCUCGUCAGCCUCGACCCCGGAGCCGACGGACGACGCAGGAGGUGACGACGGCCACCUGUCAAAGGAGCCAGCUCCUGCGCCGAAGCGCAAAGGAGGUAGAAAGCCGAUUUAUGCGACCUCAGAGGAACGCAAACAACGUAAUCGUCAGGCGCAAGCGGCUUUUCGCGAACGACGAACCGAGUACAUCAAACAACUCGAGACUACCAUUCAGCACCAUGAGGAGACUCUCCAGAAUCUCCAGCAGAGCCAUCGUGCGGCGGCCGACGAGUGUCUGAUGCUACGGUACAAGAACUCACUUCUGGAACGGAUCCUGCUUGAAAAAGGUAUCGAUGUCCAAGCAGAGCUCGCGCUCAAAGGGAGUCCCACCCUGCGACCACAUCGUGCGCCUCCCAUGACAGGGCAGGCUUCGCCAAUGCAGAAGGCCAUGCUCAGCAGACAGCAAGCGAGACCUCGGACGUCGAUGGCACCGCCAAUUCAGACUGUAAAUCAUCCUCCCCAUAUCGGAGGCGCGCGGAAUUUCGCAGGCUCACCCACAGCACAGCCCACUCCUCCUUCACAGCACUCCUCGCCUUCCACAGCAAGAUCUCCUGGUUUUGCUUUGCAAGGUGGGAUGACCUCACCCGCGAUGGAGAUGGCAACUCAGCAACCUCAACAGCAGCUGCAGGGCCGAAUUUUACCUCCCCCGCAUCGCAGCUCGUUUCUUGCGCAGCCUAGGCAACAAGGACAUCCCAUGUCUGGGCAGAGCACGUCGCAAGUUUAUCCCCCACGAACCCAACAAGAGAGCUACUAUCCAGCCUCUUUCCAGAAACACUACACUCAACUCGGCAAGCUGACCCAGCAGGAGUACGAUGCGCAAGCCAGUAUCAUGGACGACAUGGACGGCGACGACGUCGAUACCGAUAGCUUCAUUCCCAACUUUCGCCUACCUCCGACAACAACGACAGCGAGCAUGUCGAUGGCCAUGCAAGCCUCGCCCCCGACGACUACCAGUGCGGCUAGUGACGGCGGCGGAAGCGGCGGCGGCCUUGUCAUCGAUCCAUACGACCCUAUGCUGGAUGCCGACCCUUUCGGCCUGACUGCCAGCAUGCAUUUCCCCAAUCCUUAUCCCUAUCCGCCUACACACACCAGGAGGUGA